CUAGUUUGUUUUGUUUGAUGCUGCCCGCCGCAUUUUUUUGAAACAUUUCGGAAGCGUUCCGGAUUUAAUUGGAAUAAAACUACAGAUUCUACGGAUUUGACUGACCAACAAACGACCAUUCAAGAUGAUGGGCGAUAAGAGCGAUCAAAGCAUCAUGGACAAGUCCAUGAGAUCGGUUUUCGUCGGAAAUAUCCCGUACGAGGCUACCGAAGAAAAAUUGAAGGACAUCUUCAGCGAGGUAGGACCGGUGAUUUCCUUGAAAUUGGUAUUCGAUCGCGAGAGCGGAAAACCCAAGGGUUAUGGAUUCUGCGAAUACAAGGAUCAGGAAACGGCACUCAGUGCCAUGCGUAAUCUGAAUGGGUAUGAAAUUGGUGGCCGUGCUCUGCGCGUUGAUAAUGCUUGUACGGAAAAAUCGCGUAUGGAGAUGGCGGCACUCCUUCAGGGUCCCCAAGUUGAUAAUCCGUACGGAGACCCCUGUGAUCCCUCGAUGGCCCCAGAAGUCAUAACCAAAACUGUGGUUUCCCUUCCGCCGGAACAAAUGUAUGAACUGAUGAAACAGAUGAAGACCUGUUUCCAGAAUGACCCAAUAGAGGCCCGAAAUAUGUUGAUUCAAAAUCCCCAACUGGCCUAUGCUAUAUUGCAGGCUCAAGUUGUAAUGCGCAUCGUAGAUCCGGCUACGGCGGUUACUUUUCUACACAAGUCUCAUUCUAUGCCGCCGGUAAUCACCAGCGAUACUAUGAUCGUUCCACCCACGCUUUCUCCAGCUCCAAUGCCAGUUCCAGCUCCGAUGCCCAUUCCUCCGGUUGGCGGUGGUUCAUCCGGUUUUGGCCCGAGCGCUGGUCACGAUAUCGAUUUGCGCAAUGUAGAUCCACGUCUAAGUCGUCAGAUAGACCAGGACAUGCGUUCUCUACCUUCGAGCGGUCCAAUGGACAAUUUCCCUUCGAGGGGAGUUCCUCCGCCGAGGCCAGUUGGACCUGUUUCAAAUGCAGCUUCCGCAAACCAAUUUCCAUCGGAUCCUCGUCAGCGUCCGGUUGAUCCUCGACAGGGUCCUAAGGAUCCACGUCAACAACCGUCUUCCGGGGCGCCAGUGGGUAGGUCCGGGUCAGGCGUAUCAGCAUCGGCUGCCAGUGCCGCUGCUGCUGCCUCUUCUUACGGCAUUCCAAACGAUGCAUCGGACCAGGAAAAGGCUGCUCUCAUCAUGCAGGUUCUACAGCUUUCGGACGAACAGAUCGCAAUGCUUCCGCCCGAGCAACGCACCAGUAUUUUGGUUUUGAAGGAACAGAUCGCCAAAAGUACCCAACGAUAAAUGGACGACGACAACAGCUUGGCAUUUUGCAUACUACUUUGUUGGUUAUUAAGCUGAUUCAGAUGUAUCACUUAUUCCCUUCAAUAUAACAUCAAAGGUAA